GAUGGUCCACUCGUAUAAAACGGCCCGCCGGGCUGGACCAGGGGUAUCAGUUCGUCUCUAGCGUCGAUCCAGAACAGUAACAAUGAAGUCUUUCGUGUGCGUCGUGGUUCUAGUCGCUCUGGUUGGAGUUAACGCCCUGACCGAGGAGCAGCUCAAGAAAGCCGACGGAUUCGCCAAGGAGUGCCUCGAGCAGGCCACCGGACUGACCAAGGAUACCAUCGCGAAGCUGCGCGCCGGUGAUUUCACGGACGUGGACCAGACCCAGAAGUGCUUCACGCGGUGCUUCCUUGAGCGGGCCGGUUUCAUGGACGCCGAGGGUGCGCUGAUCAACGACUACGCCAUCGAGCGGCUUUCGCUGGACCGCGAGAAGAGCAAGGUCGAAGCGCUGGUCACCAAGUGCAGCCAGAAGAUGGACGACCCCUGCGAGACGGCGUUCCGGGCCUUCGAGUGCUACUUCAACGGCAAUGCGUCGCUGUUCUAGGUGGUGAGAUGUGAUUUUAGUAGUUUAGUGUACCGUGAGUGAAUAAAUGUUUGAAAAUGAAAAA